AUGGAAGAUUACAGAUCCAAAUCCUACGCCGACGGACGCUCCUCCCAGCUAGACCUCUACCACUACGGCCCACCGCCCACCGCCGCCGGAAGCGGCGGCGGCGGUGGUGGUAUGCAAGAUCUCAGGUGCUACAGCGCCUCCUACGCGGCGUCCUCCGUCUACCCGGCUCAGACCAUGAACAACAACAACAACAACAAGGACCUGAGGUUGAAGAAAGGCAAGUCGGCAAACGGGUCGGUUUCCAAGACGUGGAGCUUCAACGACCCGGAGUUGCAGCGGAGGAAGCGGGUGGCUAGCUACAAGGUGUACACGGUGGAAGGCAAAGUGAAAGGCUCGUUCAAGAAGAGCUUCCGCUGGCUCAAGGAUCGAUACACCAGAGUCGUCCAUGGCUGGUGGUAG